AUGCUCGGCGCAUACCACCCGCUCACGAUGUGGGAUGUUGUGCAUCCGUCCUCCUGGUUCCCCAUGACAAGCUUCGAGCAGUCCAUAAUGCAGCUAACCACAGCGCCCCACAUAGACCUCCCCGUGGCUACCUACUGCGUCAUGGAGAUUCUCCCAGAAGCCGCCAGUGACGAGAUAGAUGAUUUUUUCACUGACCUGCCUGCUGUUGCGCUCGAAUCAUCCACGGCCAAAGGCGUGUCGGUGGCUGACUCGACUGACAAGAAGACAGUCGCAUCGUUCAGCUACUCGUACUCGAGUUCGUCCGCGAUGGAUGACACGGGAUGCGUCGUGCUGAGCAUUCGCCGCCGCUACGAAGACGCCAAUGGCCGCUUGAAGGUUGUGCACGAGCGCAGGUUACCUGGGAAGAAAAUGGUGACGAUGUGGCAGAGGGCGAACAAGCGCGACGAGGGGACAUUCAGCUUUGAAUGCUCGGAGGGCUUUACGAAGGAAGAGUUUGAAGAAGAGUGGAAGAAAACGCCGUUUGCAAAGUCCCACGAGUCGGUGAAGUCCUUGGAGGGAGACAAGUGGCACGAAUUGACAAGCCACGAAAAGGAGAGUACCGGCGAUACAGUUUGA